UCGGAGGAAUUCGUGCGGCGCCGUGGGGCUGCGGACUGCGCCGGGCGGGCCUUCCUACCGGGGUCCUGUCUGUAGGGAGGUGGCCGGUGGGAGGCUGCGCUCGGAAAGGGAGGUCGGGGUGAGUCGGCGAGUAGUCGGGCUGUUGAGCCCCAAGACAGCUUUCGCUCCGUUUCCUGUGAUGGCAUUCGGUUCCAACUUUGUUGGUGCAGAGAACUAAACUAAACGGAGUACAAUGGCCACCCAGGUGAUGGGGCAGGCGUCUGGAGGAGCUGGGCUGUUCACCAGCAGCAGCAACAUGGGCAUGGCUCUGCCUAACGACAUGUAUGACCUGCACGACCUCUCCAAAGCUGAACUGGCUGCGCCUCAGCUCAUCAUGUUGGCCAAUGUGGCCCUAACUGGGGAAGUAAAUGGCAGCUGCUGUGAUUACCUGGUUGGUGAAGAAAGGCAGAUGGCAGAAUUGAUGCCUGUUGGGGAUAACAACUUCUCGGAUAGUGAUGGAGAAGGACUGGAGGAGUCUUCUGAAGUAAAGGGUGAACCUAAUAAUGGACUGGAGAACGUGGAACUGAGGAAUCUGGAGCUCAGUGUUGUAGAACCACAACCUGUAUUUGAGGCAUCAGCUGCUCCCGAGAUUUACAGCUCAAAUAAAGAUCUUCCUCCUGAAACACCUGGAACAGAGGACAAAUGCAAGAACUUGAAAACCAAACCAUUUCGCUGUAAGCCAUGCCAGUAUGAAGCAGAAUCUGAGGAGCAGUUUGUGCAUCACAUCCGAGUUCACAGUGCCAAGAAGUUUUUUGUGGAAGAAAGUGCAGAGAAGCAAGCCAAAGCCAGGGAGUCUGGUGCUUCCGCUGUCGAGGAGGGAGAUUUCUCGAAGGGCCCCAUCCGCUGUGACCGCUGUGGCUAUAACACCAAUCGGUAUGAUCAUUACACCGCUCACCUGAAGCACCACACCAGAGCAGGGGAUAAUGAGCGAGUGUACAAGUGCAUCAUUUGCACGUACACAACCGUCAGCGAGUACCACUGGAGGAAACACCUGAGGAACCACUUCCCUAGGAAAGUGUACACUUGUGGCAAAUGCAACUAUUUUUCAGACAGAAAAAAUAAUUAUGUCCAGCAUGUCCGCACUCACACAGGAGAACGCCCAUAUAAAUGUGAACUUUGUCCUUAUUCAAGUUCUCAGAAGACUCAUCUAACUAGACAUAUGCGCACUCAUUCAGGUGAGAAACCAUUUAAAUGUGAUCAGUGCAGUUAUGUGGCCUCUAAUCAGCAUGAAGUAACUCGCCAUGCAAGACAGGUUCACAAUGGUCCUAAACCUCUUAAUUGCCCUCACUGUGACUACAAAACAGCAGAUAGAAGCAAUUUCAAAAAACAUGUGGAGCUCCAUGUUAACCCUCGGCAGUUCAAUUGCCCUGUAUGCGACUAUGCAGCUUCUAAAAAGUGUAAUCUCCAGUAUCAUUUCAAAUCCAAGCACCCUACUUGUCCUAAUAAAACAAUGGAUGUCUCAAAAGUGAAACUAAAGAAAACCAAAAAGCGAGAGGUUGACUUGCCUGAUAACAGUAUUACUAAUGAAAAAACAGAAACAGAACAGGCGAAAAUAAAGGGGGAUGUGGUUGGGAAGAAAAAUGAGAAAUCUGUAAAAGUGGAGAAAAAAGAUGUUUCAAAAGAAAAAAAGCCUUGUAGCAAUGUCUCAGUGAUCCAAGUGACUACUAGAACUCGCAAAUCUGCCGCAGAGACAAAAGAGAUGGAUGUGCACACAGGAAAUAAUUCAGAAAAACCCUGUAAAACCAAGAAAAGCAAAAGGAAGCUGGAAGCCGAAGCCCAAUCUUCAUGUGAUCCUGUGAAUGAGGAGGAACCUAUAACAAAAAGGAAGAAGAAAGUAGGAAGCAAAUCCAAAAAAGGUCAGGAGGUGCCAAAGGGUGACAGCAAAGUAGAGGAAAAUAAAAAGCAAAAUACCUGUGUGAAGAAGAGUACAAAGAAGAAAGCUCUGAAAAGUAAAUCAAGUAAGAAAAGCAGCAAGCCUGCUCAGAAGGAGCCUCCUCAGAAGGAGGCUGCUGCCAAGGGGCCUGCAGUGAUUGGGCUGCCUCUGGAUCCUGCGCGGGCGGUCCCCGGCCAGGGUGCUGAGGAGGGGCCUGCACCUCCCGGGAAGGCAGUGCAAGGGGUGCCUGUGCAGGCACAGGCUGAGCCACCACCUGUGUGGGAGGCGCCCCCUCCUCCCAUGGAGGGUGUUGAGGCGGAUUGUCCACCUGUGGAGCCAGCCCCCAUGGAGGUUGUGCAGGAGCCACCGCCUUCCACGGAACCUGCUUAUACAGAACCUGGGCACGUGGAGCUGCCACCUCCGGUACAGCCUCCCCUUCACAUGGAGCCAGUCUCCAAGAAAUCUCCCCAAAAAGACGGUAAAAAGGAAAAGCCCAACAUGCAGAGCGAAGUGGCCCACAAGGAGCGAGUCCUUAUUGAAGUUGGCUUAGUGCCUGUUAAAGACAGUCAGGUUUUAAAGGAGAGUACAGAGGCACAGGCCCUCUCAGCACCAUCACCACUGCCAAGGGAGAAGGAGGAGGAGUCAGGAGACCAAAAUUUACUCUCUGAUGGUCCAGGAAAUACAGAAGGCCCCCUGCAGAAAGAGGGAUCAGAAGAGGCAGAUGAGAGUAUAGCUGAUGGAGCCGCUGCUGAGGAAUCUUCCAGUGUUUCAGCAUUGGUCUCGAAGUUGAGCUUGCCAGAGUGUGAAACUUCAGAUGGGGAAUAUCAGACUCACUCAGAUGAGCCUUGCGAAAUGGAAAUGGUCACUGAUGAGAGCGCAACAGAGAAUCUCCCAGCUAAAGGUGCUGCACUUGGAGAACCAGCUUCGCCAUCACUUUUCUCUCCAUCAGUGGAAGAACAAGAAGCAGUGUCCAAAACCACUCUGCCUUUGGCUCCUGGUCCUGUUAGUGUGACAGAAAAUGAGUCUCAGGAAAUUGAUGAAGAUGAAGGCAUCCACAGUCACGAUGGAAGUGACCUAAGUGACAACAUGUCAGAGGGUAGUGAUGAUUCUGGAUUGCAUGGGGCUCGGCCGGUUCCCCAAGAAACUAGUGCAAAAAAUGCAAAGGAAGCCCCGCCAGUCAAAGUGGCUGAGGGAGAUUUUGUUUGUAUCUUCUGUGAUCGUUCUUUUAGAAAGGAAAAAGAUUACAGUAAACACCUCAAUCGCCAUUUAGUUAAUGUGUACUUCCUUGAAAAAGCAGCUAAAGGGCAGGAGUAAAACUUUGGACAAGGUUACAGUUUUCAGUUUGUGAGAGCUAUUACAUUUUUUAUAUUCAUUUAUAGUGGUAGACAGCUUUUUAAGAUUGCUUUAAUUAGUGUCCAGUGUUGAUUCUUUUAAGUGGCAUUCUUUUCCUUAGGACUUGUGUGCUUAUUGAUAUACAAAUUUUGGUAAACCCAAAAAUCCAAGGGAGUUAGUGUACUAAAACCAGCAGACCUGAAUCUUAGCUAAUGUGUUCACUGGAAAUGAAAAGGCCUGGAUGGCAUAAUAGCAUCUAUUCCUCUGUCCAGCUACACCUCGUCAGUUUUUCUCUCCAUGUCUGUCUUGUUUCAUUUUAGUUUAUCGUUAGUUUCUUGUUUUAGCUCUAUAAAAAUUGGCUUAAUAGCAAAUUACUUGAAUUUGCCUGCUUUAUAUAAAGUUAGCACUUUAAGAUUUCUUUAGGGAAUAAGACAUUUAAACUGAAGAAAAAUUCUCCCAACAAUGGACAUUAUAUCAGUCCAGGUAUUUACUUCCUGAUUUUUGAUCAAUAUUUCAUGUUUGCGUGUUAAUCGUCGUAAAACAGUGAUUUUGGUGUGUGUGUGGUUUUUUUUUUUUUGGUGCUUUAAUGGCUUAAAAUGUUGCACAUUGUUUUUUGUUUUUCUUUAACCUAUGCAGUUAAAUUUUUUCUAGAAGUAGCGUUUGUGUUGACCAGUAACACUUUAUACAUAUAUGCAUGUUUAUUUUGGCCUCUUUGAUGGGAUGCUUUUAGCCUUGUUUGUAAAGCGGCAGUUGUCUUUUUCUUUGCUGCAAUUGUCUUUUGAGCAGAAUAGUAGUGUGUGCAAGUUUGUGAGCAGAUGAAACAUGUAGGUUCAAUCCAUUGAUUUUUGAUUUCACGUAUCUAUGCCAGAAUCUGUUUGGUAUAAAUUAUUUAUUUUUAAUGAAUAUAGUAAACUCACAGCUCUGUUAACGAUUUUUGUAAUAAAUAAACCACUAGGUUCCAUACUGAACAAAUUUUUCAAGUACCA